AUGGCUACUAUAUUUUGGAAGGCUCUGGGCCUGGGACCUCUUCUGCCAACACUUCUGCUGGCAUUUGCAGGAAGGAAAGACUACGCUAAUCACCUUGAAGGCCCCCGGCAGCGGUAUUCACCGGGAACAAGCAUCCAGCUGAAGUACACAUCCUCUGAGUUACCAACGCGUCAGGUUACUGUGACCUGGCUCAAAAACAACCAUAGCCUUCUCCAAACCCAGACCAACAUCUUAUCCAGUGGAGACGGCUACAAUGUGACUAGCAGUGUGCUUGUCCCACUGGAGAGCGAUGACAUCCUCUCCUCAGUUCUCUGCCGGGUUGAGCACAAAUCGUUGGUGGUUUUCCAGAAGGUCAUCACCUUGGACCAGUACCUCCGUGUUCCUCCUGCAGUGAGAGUGUCCCAGUCUUCUGCUCUCUCCAGUUUGGUGACUGUUACUUGCCAUGUGCAGAGAUUCUAUCCACGGAGUGUGUACGUCACCUGGCUAGUGGAUUGCCAUGUGUUCAAGAGACUGGAGCAACCUACACCAAAGAGGAAUAAGGAUGGGUCCUACACUCUGGAAAUCUUGCAAUUGAUAAACACAUCAAUGCAGAGGCCUGAUCAAGUACUCACUUGCAAGGUAGAACAUGAGGCACAACCUCCCAUCCAGGCCAGCAUUAUAUUUUCUACACCAUCCUAUAUCACGUCCAAAGCCGUUGGGAGCCUAAGUUCAGAAAAAUCUAUCCAUAUUUUUGUGGCUUUCCUCCUGUGCUUCAAGUUACUUCUGGUGGAGCUCAAGUGGAGAGAAGAUGCAAGGACCUGUUGGUGACCCAAGACUCCUGCCCUUCGCUCUUCCACCUUCUCCACAGGUGCGCUGCCUCCGUACACUGUCAGAGAUGGGCUUGGGUUACUUAGAGAUGCUCCAGCCUUGAGAUGCUGAACUUCAGAUGAGCUCUGCUUCCAUCCAAAGGCUGUUCCGUGACAAGGGAAACAGAUGCUCUCUGUCUCUGACCGUGGUCAACCCUUAGUUUCCCAGUUUUCACUACUCUGUAUGAUUUCCGCAAGUGUGAUUUAAUUUUAGCAGACACAAAGCUUAAAAUUACUAGAAUGUUGAAGAAGUAUUUUCCUAUCUCGAAAUGGAUAGAAACAAUAUAAAAUAUCUCUGGGCACAUUAUACCAUUUUGCAAAAAUAUUAACCUUUUGCCGAUAUCUUCUUCAAGUUUCUUUUAGAAAUUGCCCUGCCUUUGCUGGUUUUCUUUCUCAGUCAGGGUUCUCUACCAUUAUGGCAUAUGCACAGCCUUUAAACAUCAUAGAGUGGCUUUGCUUUUAUUUUGCACAACAUUUAUUAUAUUGCAUACAGCAUUUUGAAACUUCAUUUUUAUACUUAAUACACCUCCUGGAUUUAUUAAUGUUGAAACAUGUAGUUGUUUUAUUCAUUUUACAAUACUCUGUGGUCUUCUGUUGUAGCCGUAUGCCAUAUUUUAUUAGUCCAUCUCAUAAUGGACACUGAACCUUUAUUCAAUGCUUUGGCUAUUACAGUUUUGUGGCAUUCUUUUCUUAAUCUCUAAGCACAUGGGAGAAUCUUUUUUUUCUCAAGCCGGGCACACAAAGCAGCAGUGUAGGUAACAUUUAUAUGUUUUGUUACCUCAAAAAUAAAUUUCAAUUUUGAACCUGCGCUCUCAUUUUGUUACACACAUGCAUGUGUGUGUGUGUACACACACACACAUUUUCUUCCUGAUGUUGCUGGUGGUCCAUGUAUAAUAGGUAGCAGAGACCUUUUAUUCCCUCCAAGGUUAGGUGAUCCAAUAUACACUGACACGGCAUAUUCAAUUUCUAUAGUCUGGAGCUGUGUUGAUACACUUUAUCCAUCAAUCUACAUGCCUAUCUCUGUCAAGCAUAUGCUACUUUAGUUAGAAUAGUUUUAUAACUUUUUGUUUUUUCUUCUAGGAAAAUUGUUCUAAUUUUUCUCACUUAAAAUUGUCGUGGUCAUUUUUUAUUGUUUCUUUGUGACUGCUUUUAUAUUUUAAGGAAAUUAUUCAUUGUAUGAGCAUUCUGGAAAUGGCAUUAAACGUUCUCCUAAAA